AUGGCGGUUCUCUUAUUAUAUGUAGAUGAUAUUUUAUUAACUGGUAGUUGUUCUACAAUGUUGGAUAAUUUGAUUCUAUGCCUGAAGAAAGCGUUUGCUAUGAAGGAAUUAGGUGAACUUGGAUAUUUUCUUGGUUUGGAGGAAGUUAAAAAUGCAGAUUCUAUUACUUUAAAUCAGAAGAAGUAUACUUUAGAACUGUUAGAUAAGGCUGGGAUGCUGGAUUCUAAGCCAUGUAAUACUCCAGUGGUAAAAGGCGUUAGAUUAUAUGUACAUGAUGGUACCAAAUUAGACAAUCCCAUUGAAUACAUGAUAAUAGUGAGGGCAUUACAGUAUUUGAAAGAUACUAUGCCUGAUAUAUGUUUUGGUGUGAAUUAUGUGUCCCAAUAUAUGCACUCACCAACAGAUAUGCACUUCCAGUUUGUAAAAAUCAAUUUAAUAUAUUUGAAAUAG